CUUCCAUUUCUGUUCGCCCUCGCGAAGAAUACAGAAUGCUAUUUUGAAUUUGUCUUCUAAUGUAAAUAGAGUAGUAAGUGCGACAUAUUGAUGAAGUGAAACCUACUUAUAUUUGGAUAAAUAAUGUUGUUGCUUUUUCGCUAAAGGACACUUUUGAGUUCCAGAAGAAGCGAGGCGGGCUUUUAUUCCCCAUUUUAACUUUAGUGAACGGCGCUUUCCGCCGUUUUUUUAUUCCCUCCCCUGCCCCUUUCUCGCUCCCCCCUUCGAGAGUCGCGGCCUGUAGUGCAGCCACGAGGCGCGUCGGACCACCGGGAAUCAGGCGAUGGCGGAGUUUGGUAACGGACUGGCAGAGGAAUCCCUGCUGGACUCAGACCCGGGACACUCAGAACUUGAAGACCCAGGCGUCGGAGAUGAAGAACCGGGAUUAGACGAGGGAGAGGCCGCUAUUGAAGAUCCGGAGCUGGAGGCAAUUAAAGCCCGGGUGAGAGAGAUGGAGGAGGAGGCAGAGAAACUGAAGGAGCUACAGAACGAGGUGGAGAAACAGAUGAAUCUCAGUCCUCCACCUGCUGGCCCUGUCAUUAUGUCCAUUGAAGAGAAGAUGGAAGCAGAUGGCAGAUCUAUUUAUGUUGGAAAUGUGGAUUACGGUGCGACGGCAGAGGAGUUGGAGGCGCAUUUCCAUGGCUGUGGUUCCGUAAACAGAGUCACCAUCUUAUGUGACAAGUUUACAGGACACCCUAAAGGGUUUGCAUAUAUAGAGUUUGCAGACAAGGAGUCUGUUAGGACAGCUAUGGCACUGGAUGAGUCUUUAUUCAGAGGAAGGCAAAUUAAGGUUGGGGCCAAGAGAACAAAUCGUCCUGGCAUUAGCACCACAGACCGCGGUUUCCCUCGGGCCCGCUUCCGCUCACGGGGAGGAAACUUCUCAUCACGUGCACGCUACUACAGUGGCUAUACCCCUCCCAGAGGCAGAGGACGGGCCUUCAGGUUUCAGGACCAGUGGAGGCUGACUACCCCUCCUCCCGUGGCUGCGGCGCCCCCUACCGUCUCGGCGGCGUCUCUGUCUCUUUCUGCUCCCGCUAUGCACACUCACCCCAUCCUCUCCGUGUGGGGGGGCGGGGGAGGGGGACAGGGCGACCACCGGCCCACUGCGGGAGGCAUUUAUUACAAUAACAAGCGCUGAGCUUUACCAACAUGAAUAUACUGAGAUGCACCAGGCCCAUGUUAACACAGAAAUACAGACACCGCACACAUCCACCACAAAUUUAUAUAUCAUGAAGGCAGAUCCAUGAUAGAGCAAUGGCUGCUUAAAUUGCGAGUGAGUGAGAGAGGCAGGGCCAGAAAGAGGUUGAAGAGGAGGGUUCUUGUUUUUCUCAGUGCACAGUGCAGUUAGGGCAUGGUGGAGCGCUAACGCGUGGGCUACAGGUAUC